GGGCAGCGCGCACAGCUCGGCGGGCGCGGACUGGGAACUGCGCGGGUCCACACGGUAACGCUGGGCAACGUGGGCAACGCGGCGGGCGACGGGAGGGGCAGCGGCGGCGCGCCCGGGCUCUGCCUCCCGGGCUCUGCCUCUCGGGCACUUGCCUGGCUCCUGCGCGUUCCUGGGCAUCGGCUCUGCAGCUGACACACAGUAGCGGGGACACCCGGCGCCGCUAGCGACAGGCGCGCGGACGGCGGGUCCUAGAGGGACUUGGCGCUUGGGGACGCCGGCGAAACUCGCCAGGAGCGAAGAGGAAACAGGAAUCAUUCCAACUGAAUUUUAAAAUCAUUGCAAAUCAGUGAUGGAUCAGAAGUUGCAGAGUGCAAUCCCGAGUAAAAGUCUUCAAAAAAUUUUGCUUCAGGUGACAGAGGAAGGAAAAUUGAUCUACCACCUUAAAACCCUGAUCUAGAAAAAAUACAUAUUCAUGAUAGAAAGUUACAACUGAGAAAAUUUAUUUGCCUCUCAAUGCUCCUGAAUGAAAGGAAUUAUCCCUUUGUUCCUUGGGAGGACUUGUGUAUCUGAGAUUGUUGUAAUAAUCAAUAAUUUUAUUAAAACCUUGACAUGAUCAUCAGGGAGGAGAAAUAGAGCAAUAGUCAAAACCUGUGUGUUAGUCCAAGAUGACUUCUGAAGAAAUUACAGCUUCUGUUCUCAUACCUGUGACUCAGAGAAAAGUGGUUUCUGCCCAGUCAGCUGCAGAUGAAAGUAGUGAAAAGGUCUCAGACAUCAAUAUUUCAAAAGCACAUACUGUCAGACAAAGUGGGGAGACUUCUCAUACCAUCUCACGACUGAACAAACUUAAAGAAGAACCUUCUGGAAGCAACUUGCCAAAGAUUCUCUCAAUAACAAGGGAGAAAAUAGUGAGUGAUGAGAACAGUAAUGAAAAAUGCUGGGAGAAAAGCAUGCCAGAUUCUGUGAAAAACCUUAACAUUAACUGCAACAACAUAUUGAGAAACCAUCAGCAUGGCCUUCCUCAAAGACAGUUUUAUGAAAUGUACAACUCUGUUGUUGAGGAAGACCUGUGUUUAGAAACUGGAAUUCUGUCUCCACUGGAAAGAAAGGUGUUCCCUGGAAUUCAACUGGAACUAGACAGACCUUCCAUGGGCAUUAAUCCUUUAGGAAAUCAGUCGGCAAUCAUAGAGACAGGCAGAGCAGACCCUGACAGCAGCACAGCAGUAUUUCAUUUUCAUUAUGAAGUUGACAGAAGAAUGUCAGACACUUUCUGUACCCUAUCAGAAAACUUAAUUUUAGACGAUUGUGGAAAUUGUGUACCACUACCUGGGGGUGAGGAGAAGCAAAAGGAAAACUAUGUGGCAUAUACCUGUAAACUGAUGGAAUUGGCCAAAAAUUGUGAUAAUAAGAAUGAACAGCUGCAGUGUGAUCAUUGUGACACCUUGAAUGAUAAAUACUUUUGCUUUGAAGGCUCUUGCCAGAAGGUGGACAUGGUAUAUUCAAGUCAUAGCUUUUGUAGGGAAGAUUUUACUGACAGUCAAACUGCCAAGACCUUUUUGAGCCAUUUUGAGGACUUCCCUGAUAAUUGUGAAGAUGUAGAAGAAGAUGCUUUUAAAAGCAAAAAGGAGCGGUCCACUUUGUUAGUCAGGAGAUUCUGUAAAAAUGACAGAGAAGUUAAGAAAUCUGUGUAUACCGGAACAAGAGCAAUUGUGAGGACUCUGCCUUCUGGCCACAUUGGGCUGAUUGCAUGGAGUUACAUAGAUCAAAAGAGAAAUGGUCCCUUACUGCCUUGUGGGAGAGUAAUGGAACCCCUAUCAACAGUGGAGAUAAAGCAAGGUGGGAGCCGACGUCUGUCAGAAGCCCAGUGGUAUCCUAUCUACAAUGCAGUGAGAAGAGGAGAAGAAACAGAAAAUACAGUUGGAUCUCUACUCCAUUUCUUCACCAAGCUCCCAGUCUCCGAGACAGCCCAUGGAAGAAUAAGUGUUGGUCCAUGCUUAAAGCAAUGUGUCCGAGACACUGUAUAUGAGUAUCGCGCCACCCUCCAAAGGACUUCAAUAUCGCAGUACAUCACCGGUUCUCUCCUAGAAGCAACCACGUCUUUGGGAGCAAGAAGUGGCCUUCUCAGUACUUUUGGAGGAUCCACUGGACGAAUGAUGCUGAAAGAACGCCAGCCAGGCCCCUCUGUGGCCAAUUCCAACACCCUCCCUUCAAGUUCAGCUGGUAUCAGCAAGGAGCUGAUUGAUCUGCAGCCUCUCAUCCAGUUCCCAGAGGAAGUCGCCAGCAUCCUGAUGGAGCAGGAGCAGAGUAUUUACCGCAGGGUCUUGCCGGUCGACUACCUUUGCUUCUUAACACGGGACUUGGGCACUCCCGAAUGCCAGAGGUCCCUGCCCUGCCUCAAAGCAUCCAUCUCAGCGUCGAUUCUUACCACUCAGAAUGGAGAGCACAAUGCCCUUGAAGAUCUGGUGAUGCGGUUUAAUGAGGUGAGCUCCUGGGUGACAUGGCUGAUCCUCACGGCAGGCUCCAUGGAGGAGAAGCGAGAAGUCUUUUCAUAUUUGGUGCAUGUGGCCAAAUGCUGCUGGAACAUGGGCAAUUACAACGCUGUCAUGGAGUUCUUGGCUGGCCUCAGGUCAAGAAAAGUUUUAAAAAUGUGGCAGUUUAUGGACCAGUCUGAUAUUGAGACCAUGAGGAGCCUGAAGGAUGCUAUGGCCCAGCAUGAGUCCUCUUGUGAGUACAGAAAGGUGGUGACACGUGCCCUGCACAUCCCUGGCUGUAAGGUGGUUCCAUUCUGUGGAGUGUUUCUGAAGGAGCUCUGUGAAGUGCUUGACGGCGCCUCUGGCCUCAUGAAGAUAUGCCCGCGGUACAAUUCCCAAGAAGAAACUUUAGAGUUUGUAGCAGAUUACAGUGGACAAGAUAAUUUCUUACAACGAGUGGGACAAAAUGGCUUAAAGAAUUCGGAGAAGGAGUCCACUGUCAACAGCAUCUUUCAGGUCAUCCGGAGCUGCAGUCGAAGUCUGGAGACAGACGAGGAGGACAGCCCCAGUGAAGGGAACAGCUCCAGGAAAAGUUCCUUGAAGGAUAAAAGCCGAUGGCAGUUUAUAAUUGGAGAUUUGUUGGAUUCAGACAAUGAUAUCUUUGAGCAAUCCAAAGAAUAUGACUCUCAUGGUUCAGAGGACUCACAGCAGGCCUUCGACCAUGGAACGGAGCUCAUCCCAUGGUAUGUGCUGUCCAUCCAAGCCGAUGUGCACCAGUUCCUGCUGCAGGGUGCCACGGUCAUCCACUACGACCAGGACACACACCUCUCUGCCCGCUGCUUCCUCCAGCUUCAACCUGACAAUAGCACCUUGACCUGGGUAAAGCCCACAACUGCCUCCGCAGCCAACACUAAAGCAAAACUUGGUGUACUUAAUAACACAGCUGAGCCUGGAAAAUUCCCACUACUGGGCAAUGCUGGAUUAAGUGGCCUGACGGAAGGGGUCUUGGAUCUUUUUGCAGUGAAGGCGGUAUACAUGGGCCACCCUGGCAUUGAUAUACACACUGUGUGUGUUCAGAACAAAUUGGGUAGCAUGUUCCUGUCAGAGACUGGUGUGACACUGCUCUAUGGGCUUCAGACCACGGACAAUAGAUUAUUGCACUUCGUGGCACCAAAGCACACAGCUAAAAUGCUCUUCAGCGGAUUGUUGGAACUCACUAGAGCUGUGAGAAAGAUGAGGAAAUUCCCUGACCAAAGACAGCAGUGGCUGCGGAAACAGUACGUCAGCCUCUAUCAGGAGGAUGGACGGUAUGAAGGCCCAACUUUGGCUCAUGCUGUGGAGUUGUUUGGUGGCAGACGAUGGAGUGCUCGAAACCCCAGCCCCGGCACAUCUGCAAAGAAUGCUGAGAAGCCCAGUAUGCAGAGAAACAACACCCUGGGCAUAAGCACUACCAAGAAAAAGAAGAAAAUCCUCAUGAGGGGUGAGAGUGGAGAGGCAACUGACGAUGAGAUGGCAACCCGAAAGGCCAAGAUGCACAAAGAGUGUCGAAGCCGGAGUGGUUCUGAUCCUCAAGACAUUAAUGAACAAGAAGAAUCAGAGGCGAAUACCAUCGCUAGCCCGCCAAACCCCCUCCCUUCCAGAAGAGCCCACUCUUUGACCACAGCUGGGUCCCCCAACUUGGCUGCCGGGACGUCAUCUCCCAUCAGGCCAGUGUCCUCCCCUGUGCUGCCUUCUUCAAACAAGAGCCCGUCCAGUGCUUGGAGCAGUAGUAGCUGGCACGGGCGGAUCAAAGGUGGCAUGAAGGGAUUUCAGAGCUUCAUGGUUUCAGACAGCAACAUGAGUUUUGUUGAAUUUGUUGAGCUGUUCAAAUCAUUCAGUGUCAGGAGCCGCAAGGACCUGAAGGAUCUGUUUGAUGUCUAUGCAGUGCCCUGCAGCCGAUCUGGAUCCGAGUCAGCCCCGCUCUACACCAACUUGAUGAUUGAUGAAAACACCAGCGAUCUUCAGCCUGACCUAGAUCUGUUGACCAGAAAUGUCUCAGAUUUGGGGUUGUUCAUCAAGAGUAAACAGCAGCUAUCGGACAACCAGAGGCAGAUAUCUGAUGCCAUUGCUGCUGCAAGCAUCGUGACAAAUGGCACUGGGAUUGAGAGCACAUCUCUGGGCAUUUUCGGGGUGGGCAUACUUCAGCUCAACGAUUUCCUCGUGAAUUGCCAAGGAGAACACUGCACUUAUGAUGAAAUCCUCAGCAUCAUCCAGAAGUUUGAGCCUAACAUCAGUAUGUGUCAUCAGGGACUAAUGUCAUUUGAAGGGUUUGCAAGGUUUCUGAUGGAUAAAGAAAAUUUUGCCUCAAAAAACGAUGAGUCACAGGAGAACAUUAAAGAACUGCAGCUACCCCUCUCAUACUAUUACAUCGAAUCUUCGCACAAUACCUACCUCACGGGCCAUCAGCUCAAAGGAGAAUCCUCGGUAGAACUCUACAGCCAGGUCCUCUUGCAAGGCUGUCGAAGUGUAGAAUUGGACUGCUGGGACGGAGACGAUGGGAUGCCCAUCAUUUAUCAUGGACAUACACUGACAACCAAGAUCCCCUUCAAGGAAGUGGUUGAAGCCAUUAAUCGCAGUGCCUUCAUCAACUCUGACCUGCCAAUCAUCAUAUCGAUUGAGAACCACUGUUCAUUGCCUCAGCAACGAAAAAUGGCAGAAAUUUUCAAGACUGUGUUUGGAGAAAAGCUGGUGGCUAAAUUCUUAUUUGAGACUGAUUUCUCAGAUGAUCCAAUGCUUCCUUCACCUGACCAACUCAGAAGGAAAGUGCUUCUUAAAAACAAGAAACUAAAAGCCCAUCAGACACCAGUGGAUAUCUUAAAGCAAAAGGCUCAUCAGUUAGCAUCUAUGCAAGCGCAGGCUUAUAAUGGUGGGAAUGCCAACCCCCCACCUGCCAAUAAUGAGGAAGAGGAAGAUGAGGAAGACGAAUAUGAUUAUGACUAUGAAUCCCUUUCUGAUGACAACAUUCUGGAAGACAGACCUGAAAAUAAAUCAUGUAAUGACAAGCUUCAGUUUGAGUACAGUGAAGAAAUCCCCAAGAGGAUAAAGAAGGCAGAUAACUCUGCUUGCAACAAAGGAAAGGUUUAUGAUAUGGAACUGGGAGAAGAAUUUUAUCUUGAUCAGAAUAAAAAGGAAAGCAGACAGAUUGCACCAGAGCUUUCUGACCUUGUAAUCUAUUGUCAAGCAGUAAAAUUUCCAGGACUGUCAACUCUAAAUUCAUCUGGCUCUAACAGAGGAAAGGAAAGGAAAAGCAGGAAGUCCAUUUUUGGCAACAAUCCGGGCAGAAUGAGCCCAGGGGAGACAGCAUCAUUUAACAAAACAUCUGGAAAAAGUUCCUGUGAAGGCAUUCGACAGACCUGGGAGGAAUCUUCUUCCCCUCUCAACCCAACCACGUCCCUCAGUGCUAUCAUUAGAACUCCCAAAUGUUAUCAUAUCUCGUCGCUGAAUGAAAAUGCCGCCAAACGUCUGUGUCGCAGGUAUUCUCAGAAACUGAUCCAGCAUACCGCCUGUCAGCUGCUGAGAACUUACCCUGCUGCCACCCGCAUCGACUCCUCCAACCCGAACCCCAUCAUGUUCUGGCUUCAUGGGAUACAGCUCGUGGCACUCAACUACCAGACCGAUGAUCUCCCUUUACAUUUAAAUGCUGCAAUGUUUGAGGCAAAUGGUGGUUGUGGUUAUGUUUUGAAACCUCCAGUUCUGUGGGACAAGAACUGCCCGAUGUAUCAGAAGUUUUCUCCACUGGAAAGAGAUCUGGACAGCAUGGAUCCUGUAGUCUAUUCUUUAACUAUUGUCUCUGGUCAGAAUGUGUGCCCCAGUAACAGCACGGGAAGCCCGUGCAUUGAAGUCGAUGUCCUGGGCAUGCCUCUGGACAGCUGCCAUUUCCGCACAAAGCCCAUCCAUCGAAACACCCUGAACCCCAUGUGGAACGAGCAGUUUCUGUUCCGCGUUCACUUCGAAGAUCUUGUAUUUCUUCGUUUUGCAGUUGUGGAAAACAACAGUUCAGCGGUAACUGCUCAGAGAAUCAUUCCACUGAAAGCUUUAAAACGAGGAUAUCGACAUCUUCAGCUGCGAAACCUUCACAAUGAAGUCUUGGAAAUCUCUAGUUUAUUCAUUAACAGCAGAAGGAUGGAAGAAAAUUCCUCUGGCAGUACCAUGUCAGCCUCUUUGAUGUUUAAUACAGAAGAAAGAAAAUGUUUGCAGACUCACAGAGUCACGGUGCAUGGGGUCCCAGGGCCAGAGCCCUUUACUGUUUUCACUAUUAAUGGAGGCACCAAGGCAAAGCAGCUUCUGCAGCAAAUUCUGACAACUGAACAAGACAUCAAACCUGUUACCACAGACUAUUUUUUGAUGGAAGAAAAAUAUUUUAUAUCUAAAGAAAAGAAUGAAUGCAGGAAACAACCAUUCCAAAGAGUCAUUGGACCAGAAGAGGAGAUUGUGCAAAUUUUAAGCAGCUGGUUUCCAGAAGAGGGAUAUGUGGGCAGGAUUGUCUUAAAAACCCAGCAGGAAAACCUAGAAGAGAAAAACAUUGUUCAAGACGACAAAGAGGUGAUCUUGAGCUCAGAGGAGGAGAGUUUCUUUGUCCAAGUGCAUGAUGUUUCUCCAGAGCAACCUCGAACAGUCAUCAAAGCACCCCGCGUCAGCACCGCACAGGAUGUCAUUCAGCAGACCUUAUGCAAAGCCAAAUAUUCCUACAGCAUCCUGAGCAACCCCAAUCCGAGUGACUAUGUGCUUCUGGAAGAGGUGGUGAAAGACACUACCAACAAGAAGUCUACCACACCCAAGUCCUCUCAGCGGGUCCUUCUGGAUCAGGAGUGUGUGUUUCAAGCCCAAAGCAAGUGGAAAGGUGCAGGAAAAUUCAUCCUUAAGCUAAAGGAGCAGGUGCAGGCAUCUCGAGAAGAUAAAAAGAAAGGCAUUUCUUUUGCAAGUGAACUCAAGAAGCUCACCAAGUCAACUAAACAGCCCCGAGGACUUACAUCACCUUCUCAGCUCUUGACCUCAGAAAGUAUCCAAACCAAGGAGGAGAAACCUGUGGGUGGCUUGUCCUCCAGUGACACAAUGGAUUACCGACAGUGACUAAGGGCAGCAUGUUUAACCCAGGUGAAGCUCUUUCAGCAAGAAUGUUAAAGAGUGAACAUGGUGGAAAAAAAUAUAAUUUACUUAUUUUCAUCAGACUUAAACUGGAAAUUGAUGAUUUCUGAACUGAAGUCUUCACACAUGUGAGAUCCAUGCUGAAGAGAAGCAAAAUGGCGCAGGGCUAGUUGCCACCAACCAAUUUACAGAUGAAUGAAGCAAUGAAGCCCAGGAGACUGCCAUUUUAUAAAUGUUUGUUAGCAGUUGGAAAAAUCAUCACAAAUUGACUUAGAGCAAGGGUCAGCAAGCUUGUCUGUAAAGGGCCAAAUAGUAAAUAUUUUAGGGCUGGGGGCCAUAAAAUACGUUGCAACCACCCAAUUCUGCCGUUGUAGUGCAAAAGCAGCCACAGACAACACAUACAUGAAGGAACGUGGCUGUAUUCCAAUAAAACUGUAUUUAUGGACACUGAAAUUGGAAUUUCAUAUAUUUUUCACGUCACAGAUAUUCUUGUUUUGACUUGUUUUCAACCAUUUAAAAACGUAAAAACUAUUCUUAGUUCAGGGGCCAUACAAAAACAGGGGGCAGGCUAGAUUUGGCCCAAGGACCUUAAUUUGCCAACACAACUAAGAGAACUGGGAACAAGGGGCACAAAGAUCUGAAAACAAGAAAGGAAGUUUAGCCAUACAUUUUAUGGCUGAGAAUUGGAAGCUUUGGAGCAUUUCAAGUGUAAAUAUGUCCUAUAACGUAAGAGUCAUUAAAAUUCAAUUUAGUUCCUGUAUUGUGUACCACAGUGCACUCUUCUUUAGGAUUUUUUACAUGUAGAAAUAAUAUUGGGGUUUUUUGUUUAAGGUUAUUGCUUAUUCAGUUAAUAGGGUUGCUUUAAAAAAGGCUAUUGCUUAAUCACAGACUACUCAUUUUUGGUUUUCAAAAUUAGAAUGAUGUAUAAUUUAAUAUCGACUGAAUUGCAAUGUCUUAACAAGAAACCUAACAAUUUUUUAAAGCAAAAGUAGAUUGAGUUGGUGUUUAAGGUAAAUUUAUUUAUUUUAAAAGGGUUGUACUGACACUGUACUUAUAUAUUUAUUAUACAUCGCUCUUGAUAUUGCCAUGGAUUAGAAGCAUUAGUAGUUCUCGGUACUUGAAGACAAACUUCUAAAAAGAAAAUAUAUGCUCUGAACAUCUGAAAUGGGCUUGACUUUCAAGUAAAAUCGCUUCAUUUCUGAUUAACUGAAGAGCUAUUGAUCCAAGUCAUACUUGCCAUUUAAUGUAAAUUAUUUUUAAACUCUGCUGUACAAAACCAUCAAGUAAGUGUAAAGGAUUCUUUGUAUUCUUGGUAUGAAGCAAAUUAUGAAUUUUAAAAAUGAAAUAUGUAUUCCUCUAAAGUAAAACCCAAACUUUUAUCUUUCCAAUGGUACCUCUGAAUUUUAAGACUUCUCUUCAAAUUACAACACACUAAAACUCCUAAACUUUGAGGAAUUUUUUUAACCAAUUGUGAAAAUAAAACCAUCCCCAUGUAUUUCUUGCAUAUUCUAAAAACAAGUGUUAAAAAUACACCACACAGGCUGGGCACAGUGGCUUACGCCUGUAACUAGCACUUUGGGAGGCCAAGGCGGGCGGAUCAGGACAGAGAACGAGGCCAUCCUGGCCAACAUGGUGAAUCCCGAUCUCGACUAAAAAUACAAAAACUAGCUGGGCGUGGUGGCACGUGCCUAAUCCCAGCUACUUGGGAGGCUGAGGCAGGAGAAUCACUUGAACCUGGGAGGUGGAGGUUGCAGUGAGCCAAGAUAGCACCACUAACUCCAGCCUGGCAACAGAGCAAGACUGUCUCCAAAAAAAAAAAAAAAAAAAAAAAUACACCACACAGCUUUCAUGUCAUUGAAAGUUCUUACUGGGUCAAAGCCUUAAGGCUAGAACUACCAUUUUCUUGUCAAGAGAAUGCAGGCUAUUCCAGUUUGAUGUAAUCUAUACAAUAGUACAGGUUUAAGUCAAAUAAGUCUGUAACAAAUGCACAAUGCUGCUCCAUUUAAAAAAUAUUCCGGAAACACUUUUUAUCAAGCCUCUAUAAGUGAACAUACCAGUUUGCCCUACCAUGUGUUGAAAACUGAGUUACUGGUCUAAGUGGCUAGAGGUCAAAUGAAAACUGUGCAGAGUAACAAGAUGAAAAGACUGGUCUCUUUAGGUUUAUCAUUUGGUUCUGAUGCUAAGUGCUGCCCCACUCCUCCUCCAUGACCUUUAACACAGGUGUAUAUUUUACAACAUAAAUCUGAGACUGAAGUUGAGACCAGAUUGUUUAGCAAGUGAGAAUCCAGCCUACUGCCUAGGUUGCAUCCCAACUUAGUUGUUUAUCACAUUUUGAGGUGAAAGUACAUACUUCAUUGUAUUUGAGUCUUUGGGAUUAUAGAAAGAACACAUUGUUUUAAAAUGUAAAGAGUUGGCCAGGCACGGUGGCUCAUGCCUGUAAUCCUAACACUUUGGGAGGUUGAGGUGGGUGGGAUCACCUGAGGUCAGGAGUUCGAGGCCAACAUGGUGAAACCUUGUCUCUACUAAAAAUACAAAACUUAGCUGGGCGUAGUGGUGGGCACCUAUAAUCCCAGCUAUUGGGGAGGGUGAGGCAGGAGAGAAUUGCCUGAACUCAAGAGGCAGAGGUGGCAGUCAGUGGAGACUGCGCCACUGCACUCCAGCCUGGGUGAAAGAGCAGACUCUAUCUCAAAAAAAAAAAAAAAAAAAAAAAAGAGUCUAGUCUAUUAUUACAUACAAAUGGCCAGCACAACCUGAUGUUGGCCGAAAAUAUUAAAGUUUUAUUUAAAGCUUUAUCUGAACUACACAGCUAUAUUAGUAUGCCAAGUAAAAGAAAUUAUCCUAAAUAGCCACUAUGACUAUACCCAUUACCAUUUCACACUUUUUAGGCUGCCAGAAAUCUGGGUAGCAAACUCUUACCAUUAAAGUCGAUGUGGACAACCUAAAUAUGCAAGUUGGGUUCAUUACAAUAUUUUAAGCAGCAUCACUAAAAGUGAAGAGAAAGGAGCAUGAAUUCUGUCAUUCUGUUCAGUGAUGCCAAAUGUGUAGGAAGUAAUGAUCCUAUCUGGGUAGAAAGUGCCCUUUGAGGGGUAAAGCUUCUAUUCAUGUCAUCGUUAGCAAGUAAAAGUUAUUUACAGAUUCUCCAGUUGGGAGUAAAUAUGAAGUCUAGACUCAACAAAGUUGAGUUACAAGUUACUUGUUUUUAAUGAAACUUGCUUUCAUAAAGGCCUCCCAUCUCAAUGGCUCUGGAGACAUUGGCAGCUCAUUAAUGAAAGUGGGCCCUCUAUGAUAUGUACCAAUUUACCUUUUGCUAACUACAUCUUCCCCUUCCUUUCUUCUCUCCUCUUCCAAUAUCUCUAUAGACUUCUGUCCUCUGCCCAGAGACCCACAGGCCUUGCUUAAUUCUGAAAAGUAAUCAGGGCUUGCUUACUGGCCCAAUAAAAUUGAAUUAACUCUAAAACACAAAGCUCCACGUCUAUGCUCCCAUGCCAAUAAAGAAGAGUAGGAUUUUCCUGGCUGGUGUCUUUGAUCUUAUACUGGCAGCCUACAGGGAAAGUGCUCUCACAGUGAAAGUCUCUGACCCCUUUUCAGUUGCUUAUGUAUCAGUAGUGAGGCCAGAAAAGAUGUA